UGUCUAGCCACUGGACCAUCCAAAGAGCCAAUAGAUGGACAGUGGUAGGUGGGAGGAUGAGUGGGAUGGCUCCCUUUCACAGCAAAGAGGCCCUGAGAGGACUGGAACAGUGGCUGAAAGUCCCUGAUCCCUGAGUCAGUGCCAGAACCUACACUCCUGACUUCUAAACCAGAAAUGAGGCCGGGUAAGGAGGCUCUCCUUCAUUCAUGCUUACACAUAAGCCAGGACACAGCACCUCCCAGGACCUUUAGGAUAGCAGCAGGGAGAAGGGCCCCCUGGUCCCUGCCCUCCUGAGCUCAGACUGGAGAGGGACAGAAACACGGUCUAUGACUACAUAAGGCCAUCAGAGUGGGGUUGAGGGCAGAGAAGGGAAUUAAAGCAGCUAAAGAUGAGAGACCAAAAAGAAUGAGGAAUCUGGUGACCUGCUGGUGGAAUGAAGGAAGGGGAAGGAGAGCACAGGGACAGGACCUCCCUUCACUGCUAGGGGCUGGAGAGAGAGGCAGAGACCUGAGUGUUCCCUGGGCUUUCUGGUCUCAGCGUGGUGACCUGAGUUGGUCCCAUCAAGGAGAACAGGUGCUGGGGCAGGAACAGGAUAGAGGCGGCGAAUCGUCGCAAAGGUCCCUCAGUGGGUAAUGACCGGAACCAGGCCAGCUUGCAAACCUAGUAAAACUUUGGCGUCUCUCAGUAUCUUUUCUCACAAGUUCCCUGCGCUCCCUGCUCCUCUGAGUGAGUCUGACGGCUUCUUCCUUCUGCCGGGCCAGGUCGUAGGACCGUCGGUCGCCGCCUGCGCUUCCUGCCGCAGCACCCUUUGCGGGUGCGCUGACCCCACGACUGUGGGGCUGGGCGGCGUCCCCAGAGUGGUGCCGGGUGGCGAGGUGGCGAGGUAUCUACUCGGGCGUGUGGGGGCGGUGCCGGGGUCUGUCCAGAGUCCGCUCCGCCCCCGGGGGCCAGGCCGCAGGGUAGGGAGCGAGGUGGGGCGGGGCGGGGGCCGCGGCGCUCCCAGGCACGUGGGACCCUGCGCAGCGGCAAGACGUCGGCACCGGCCCCGGGGAACAGCGGCCACAGCACCUGGGGCGGACGAAUUCAGCGUGGAGGCAAGGGACAGGCCGCCUAGUGGGAGAUCGAACCCUCGGAGAGGUUGGCGGGCGCUGCCCAGGGACGCUGCCGGUCCGACUGACGCGGGUGCGGACUCGGCGCUGGGCGAGGAAUGGGCCGUGUGUCAUUGCCCGACCAGGGCAUGGUUCCGAGCCUGAGUGUGGCGCGUAACUGGACGGCGGGACGCCCCGUGAAUCCGUGAUCUUUGUCUUCGCUGGCGCGCAGAUCUCAGAGCCCCUGCUAUAGCUGUCUGCCCUGAAAAAUGCUGGAGGCUGGGCAAGGCCAGAGGCCGGGAAACCAGUUUAUCCUGUUUGCCAGAAGAGCUCCCUGCGGCAGAUCCAGGCCUGUGCAUUCAUGAGUGAGGAACCUGAGCAGCCUCUGAGCAUCCUGAAGGGUGAUGGAGGUGGGCCUGGACCUCUGGAAUGACACCGUCAAUGACACCUGGGAUGGGGAUGAGCUGGGCUACAGGUGCCGCUUCAACGAGGACUUCAAAUACGUGCUGCUGCCUGUGUCCUACGGCGUAGUGUGCGUGCUCGGGCUGUGUCUGAACGUCGUGGCGCUCUACAUCUUCUUGUGCCGCCUCAAGACCUGGAACGCCUCCACCACGUACAUGUUCCACCUGGCUGUGUCCGACGCUCUGUACGCGGCUUCCCUGCCGCUGCUGGUUUAUUACUAUGCCCGCGGCGAUCACUGGCCCUUCAGCACGGUGCUCUGCAAGCUGGUGCGCUUUCUCUUCUACACCAACCUCUACUGCAGCAUCCUCUUCCUCACCUGCAUCAGCAUUCACCGGUGCUUGGGGGUCCUGCGCCCUCUGCGCUCCCUGCGCUGGGGCCGGGCCCGCUACGCCCGCCGGGUGGCAGCGCUGGUGUGGGUGUUGGUGCUGGCCUGCCAGGCACCUGUGCUCUACUUUGUCACCACCAGCGCACGUGGGAGCCGCAUCACCUGCCAUGACACCUCGGCCCCUGAGCUCUUUAGCCACUUUGUGGCCUACAGCUCGGUCAUGCUAGGUCUGCUUUUCGCCGUGCCCUUUGCCACCAUCCUGGUCUGUUACGUGCUCAUGGCACGGCGGCUGCUUCAGCCAGCUUAUGGGAGCACAGGAGGCCUGCCGCGGGCCAAGCGCAAGUCGGUGCGCACCAUUGCCCUGGUGCUGGCUGUCUUCGCCCUCUGCUUCCUGCCUUUCCACGUCACCCGCACCCUCUACUACUCCUUCCGCUCGCUUGACCUCAGCUGCCACACCCUCAAUGCCAUCAACAUGGCAUAUAAGAUUACCCGGCCGCUGGCCAGCGCCAACAGUUGCCUUGACCCUGUGCUCUACUUCCUGGCCGGGCAGAGGCUUGUCCGCUUUGCCCGAGAUGCAAAGCCACCCACAGACCCCAACCCUACUACCCCGGCUCGGCGCCGGCUGGGCCUGCACAGGUCUGGCAGAACUGAUGCCAAGAGGACAGAUUUGUCAGCCAGCAGUGAGGACUCCAGGCGGACAGAGUCCACACCGGCUGGGAACGAGAACACUAAGGACAUCCGGCUCUAGGACCUGACCCCUCAGGCCUGUGCAAGUUUAUAUGGAGGGAGCUGUAAGGGACCAGGGCUUGUUCAAAUGGGACAGUGUACCCAGAAAUUGACCAUCUGUGACUGUCACUUGGCAGGGCCUCGGGAUACUUUCCUUACGGUCCAGACAGUCAGCUGCCAUCAUUUGUAUGUGUGAGUUGGGUAAUAAGAUUUCAAAACAGACACAUGUUUAGGGCCAGUGCCACCUGACUCCCAUGCAGAUGGUUGGCUGAUCCUGUCAAGGUAUCUAGACUGGAAUCCAGCCUGAUCAAGUCAAAUGGAGAAGGCCCUGAGAGGAAGGAGAUGUACCAGGGUCAAACAGCAGUCUAGACCUGAGAUAGCUACAGUGGAGCAGAGUCACAGGUUAAUCAGAGGGCCCUGGUGAGGAGUCAGGGUCGAGCUCCCACAGCAGUCUGGGGUGGGACUACGUGCUUAGUGGACUCAGCUUAGAAGAGUACUCCUAGCCCGAGAGAUGAACAUCUGGGAACUGAUGUGAUAAACCCAUCUGGAGGCUCCCAGCCUACAGCCUACACUUAGAGGCUGUAACUGAAACUAAAGAUUAUGCUGCUUGUUGAGCUGUGCUCUGUUGUUUGGUCAGAGGAUGGGGAUGCAGCCUGGGAGGGUUUCAACACCCCUUAAAAGCCUUUCUCCAGCCUGUUCUCUUCUGCCAUCUGCUUUCCCACUGGCUGCUUCAGGGGAGUUUCACAUCAGGGAUCCCUCUGUAGGCCUCAGGUGCUCUCCCACUUUAAAGCCAGUUGGUUUCUGUGCCAAGAGUCAGGUGGGGUUCCAGUCCUUGGAGUUCCCCAAUUUAGGUAACAACCAGUUAUAUGCUGGUUAUUGUUAAACCUUUUAAGUAGAUCUCUGGCAGCAGGGAACCCCUUAUUUGUAGCAUUGCCAAUGAUACAAAUAUUCCUACUAUACACAAUUUCAAAUUACCAAA